GGUUGAGUUAGGUAUCAAGAAAGUUGAAUCGAAUCCCUCUAAACGUCGCCACACACCCUGUCGGACUCCAAGCUCGUGUAUCAGAUGUUAACUCACUCUUAGAACUCGAAUGCAAUGAUGUUAAAAUGAUAGGAAUUUAUGGUAUUGGUGGAAUUGGUAAAACAACCAUUGCUAAAGCUGUAUACAACACAAUAUACGAUCAAUUUCGAUACGCGAGUUUUAUUGCAAAUGUCAGAGAAAAUGCAAGUCAUAGGGUUGACUUAGUCAAACUCCAAGAGAGACUUCUUUUUGAGAUACUUGGAGAGAAAGGAAUGAAAUUAGGCAAUGUUGAUAAAGGGAUCAACAUAAUAAAAGAUAGGUUAUGUAGAAAAAGAGUACUACUUGUAAUUGAUAACGUGGAUGAUGUUGAACAACUUCAAGCAUUAGUCGGCGGAUUUGAUUGGUUCGGUCCCGGAAGUAGGAUUAUCAUAACUACAAGAGAUAAACAUUUGUUAACUGCUCAUGAAAUUGGUUUAACUUAUGAGGUUAAGAAGUUAAAUCACAUUGAAUCUCUUCAAUUAUUUAGCUGGAAUGCAUUUAAAAGAAGUGAACCUAAAGAUACUUAUUUAGAUAUUUCGAAUCGCGCUGUUUGUUACGCAGAAGGUCUUCCAUUGGCUUUAACUAUUUUAGGUUCUGAUUUGUGUGGUAGAAGUAUUCAUCAGUGGGAAUCUGCAUUGGAUAAAUACAAGAGAACUCCUAAUAGGAAAGUUCAGGAUAUACUUAGAAUAAGUUUUGAUGGUUUAGAGGAAAAUGAAAAGGAAAUUUUUCUGUAUAUAGCAUGUUUCUUUAAAGGGGAGAUAAUGGAAUAUACAUCGAAAGCGUUGCGCGCUUGCGAUCUGCAUCCAGUUAUCGGUAUUGCAGUGCUUGUUGACAAGUCUCUCAUAAACUUGGAUGAAAAAGGUGUAUUGUCAAUGCAUGAUCUUAUACAAGAUAUGGGGAAGGAAAUUGUUCGGCAAGAAUCACCGAUGGAUCCCGGAAAACGGAGCAGGUUAUGGCAUUAUGAAGAUGUGCUUCAAGUACUGUCUGAUGGAACUGGAACUGACAAGAUUCAAGGUAUAAUGCUGAGCCUACCUGAAAAGCAAGAGGUGCAGCUAAAACCUCAAGACCUCAAGAAGAUGAGAAACCUUAGAAUGUUGAUAAUUCGGAAUGCUGAAUUUUUCGGAGGCCAGGUAAAUCUACCAAAUAAUUUAAGGCUGCUUGAUUGGGAGGAAUACCCUUCUACGUUUUUACCAUCUGAUUUCCUUCCCGAGAAAAUUGUAAUGCUAGAGUUGCGGCGCAGUCAUAUAACAUUGGACAAACCAUUCAAGAACUAUGCAAAUAUGACUUCUCUGAAUCUUAGUUCAUGUGAAUCCCUACUAAAUAUACCUGAUGUUUCGGGGAUACCGAACUUAGAGCAAAUCAUUCUAGAGGAUUGUACAAGCUUAGUUGAGAUUCAUGAAACACUUGGAUCACUUGAUAAACUUGUUUAUUUAGGUGUUGAAAGGUGCACUGAGCUAAAGAAGUUACCAAGUGUCCUAAACUUGCCAUCUUUAUCAUGCAUUGCUCUUAAUGGAUGUUGUCAACUAGAGAAUUUCCCACAUUUACUUGGAAAAAUGGAAAAUCUGAGAAUCAUCGAGGCGGAAGAGACGGCUAUACAAGAAUUGCCUUCUAGUUUGGCCAACUUCAGCAACCUUGAGGUGUUAGUACUAAAAUGUUGCACAAAUCUUGAGGAAUUUUCUAAAACCAUUUCUUUGUUACCAAAUCUUCAGUUACUUGAUAUUUCUGGCUGUCCAAAACUUCAACUAUUUCAUGAGUCCAUGGAAAGUUCAUCAGAUUUAGAGUUACCACCAAAACCAUGUCUAGAUUUUGAAUCUUCAAGCAUGCAAUCCUCACAUGGUUUCCCUUUACUGGAAACACUUGAUCUUAGUGACUGUAAUCUAUCAGAUGAUGAUCUACAUAUCCUUUGUUGCUUUUCCAACCUCACAUCAUUAGACAUCUCAAGAAACCAUUUUGUAACCCUGCCUAAUUGCUUCAACAAAAUGAGUAGCUUGCAGGAGCUUUACAUGGCCAAUUGCAAGAAUCUUCAACAAUUUUCUGGGAUUCCACCUAAUUUAGAACAUAUAGAUGCCACUAGUUGCAUAAUGUUGGAUUCACAAUCAUUGAACCUAUUAUUGAGCCAGGGAUUCCAUAAGGAAUUCAAAUUUGAAGUUAUAGCACCAAGGCCAAGAUUACCAAUGCCAUUCAACUUCAAUUACUAUAGCGAAGAAGGAUCCAUGUCAUUCUGGAUUGGCCAGAAAUUCCCAAGAAUUGCUCUAUGCUUCAUUUUUGAAUUAGGAAAUAAAAGAAUUGGUUAUUUUGCAUGUGAAGUCGAAAUAUCUAUUAAUGGACAGAAAGCAUUGAAUAAAGAACAGUACUUCCUUUCAGUUUCUGGUGAUCUUGUAUGGCUUUAUCAUCAAGAAAAUUUGGUGGAUUUAAAUACAUAUUUAUUGCAUGAACAGAAUCAUGUGGAAGUUUCUUGUGAGAUUGUAGAUGCGAGUAAAGGCGCAGAUGUGGCAGUAUCCUUUUGUGGAGUUCAUGAGUAUAAGGAAGAUGAGGAAGUGAAGAUACCAAAUUUGAUAUUGAUCACAAGUUCUAGUCCUUGUACUAAUGAAAACUUGGAUAACACUCAAAUAUCUAAGGAACUACAUGAAAAUCAAUGUCAUUAUGAAGAAAACUUGGAAAAUGAUUGUUGCACCUUGCCUGAGAAUUCAAAACUUCAUGAAAUAUCAGAUGAACAUAUGCAACUUCUUUCGGCUUCAACUAGGGAAGAAAUGUUUGAAGGUAAUGAUUGUAAGGUUCAGAAGAAUGGAAAAACUACAGAUGUUUUGUCAGCUGAUACAAUACAUCAAAGAAAGGAAAUCUAUUCAUCGGAUAUGCAGCUAUAUGGUGAUAGAAUUUGGGAUCCAAUGCUAUUAGAAUGUCAAUUAAACUGCAUGAAUGAGAAGAAUAAAGACAACAUUUUGCUGAGUCAUCAAGAAUCGAAGCCAAAAGUAUCUUUAAGUGAUGACAAUAUGGAAUCAUUUUAUUCUACUCUCCAUGCUGAGAGAUAUGCUUCGUUAGGAGAUACAAGUGAUGAUUCAAAAUUGGUUUAUCCUAAAAUGAGUGAAGAAACCAAGAAAGCCUUGGAAACUUUGAAGGAAGUCCUCUCAGAACAAAUUUGUCAUCUUCUAGAACCAACAUCAUCCACAUCAAUGAAAACUACAUUGGAAUAUCUUUGUACUUUAAUUGCAGAUGAUGAUGUCUCAAUGAGGUUAAAGUCUGUAAUACUACAACUUUUAGCAGAAUUUACUCAGUGGAGUUGUGACUACAAUGAUGCAAACAUGAAACUUGACUUCUCAACGACAAUGCUAUCAAAGCUACAAAAACUUGAAGAGGGUGUAGUAGCCAACAAGAACCAAUUCAGUGAAUUUGUGUCCAUAGAAAGUGAGUUAACAAGCCAACUAGUGUAUUUGGAAGAAAGAAUGAAAGAGUUAGAAGAGCAGAUUAGUUUCAUUAAAGGGAACAUUUCAAUAUCUGAAGUGGCUAGGGACUCUGCUGUUAGAAAGAAAAAAGAAACCUUUGAUGCAGGAAGAAUGUUGAAAGCUGAAAGAGAUGAGUUGAGGAAGCAAAGGCUGCGGUUGAGAGUGGAGCAAGAAUCAGCUAAAGCUACCAAAGGAUACAUUGAGGAUGAGUGGUCAAAGAUUAGAGAGAAAUUUGAUAGAAUCUUGAAAAUAUUUUUGGUCAAAGAUGAGUGUCAUCUCCGUAGAAACUCACAAACACAUUGUAUGUCCAACCGUGGUUGAAGGAAGUAGAGGAAGAAUUUUUCAUCAGUAUAACUUAUAUACCAAGCUAUAUACUUUCAAAUAUAAGAAGAAUGUUAAGAAUGAAAUGAUACAGCAUAAAUUUCCAUAAGAACUAGGAAGCUAUACAAGCUGAAUCAUCUUUUUCAUGUAUAACUUUGGUUUAUUAAAACUAUUGAAAUUAUCAAAUUGGAAUUUAAAAAUAAAA